CCUCCUGCUGCUGCUGCUCCUCGGAGUCCCACCACCAGUGUCCCUGUCUCUGGUGCCGAGGAGGGCGGCAUGGCUGUGUUGGCGUUGGCGCUGGGGUUGUGGUGGGCGCUGGGCCUGUGCGGGGGCGCCAUGGACGAGUGCCGGGAGGAGGGGAGCGGGCGGGCGCAGCGCUGCAUGCCGGAGUUCGUCAACGCGGCCUUCAACGCCUCGGUGGUGGCCACCAACACGUGCGGCGCCCAGGGCUCGCCCGAGGAGUACUGCGUGCAGACCGGGGUGACCGGGGUGACCCAGUCCUGCCACCUCUGCGACGCCCGACGCCCGCACCUGCGCCACUCCGCCGCCGCCCUCACCGACUACAACAACCCCCAGGACGCCACCUGGUGGCAGAGCCAGACCAUGCUGGCCGGCGUCCAGCACCCCAGGGACAUCAACCUCACCCUACACCUCGGAAAGGCCUUUGAUAUUACGUAUGUACGCCUGAAGUUCCACACCAGCCGGCCAGAGAGCUUUGCCAUCUACAAGCGGACCCAGGAAGAUGGCCCAUGGAUACCUUACCAGUAUUACAGUGGAUCUUGUGAGAACACCUACCACAAAUCCAACCGAGGUUUCAUCAGGACUGGGGAAGAUGAACAGCAGGCACUUUGCACAGAUGAGUUCAGUGAUAUCUCUCCACUGACAGGAGGCAAUGUGGCCUUUUCAACCCUGGAAGGAAGGCCCAGUGCAUAUAACUUUGACAACAGUCCUGUAUUACAGGAGUGGGUAACUGCCACUGAUAUCAGAGUAAGCCUAAAUCGCCUGAACACCUUUGGAGAUGAAGUUUUUAAUGAUCCCAAAGUUCUCAAGUCCUAUUAUUAUGCUAUUUCUGAUUUUGCUGUGGGUGGCAGGUGCAAAUGCAAUGGCCAUGCAAGCGAGUGUGUGAAAAAUGAAUAUGGGAAGCUUUCCUGUAAUUGCAAACAUAAUACCUUUGGGGUUGACUGUGAAAAGUGCCUCCCUUUUUACAACGACCGGCCUUGGCGAAGAGCAACAGCCGAGAGUGCCAAUGAAUGUUUGCCCUGUAACUGCAAUGGACGAUCACAGGAGUGUUAUUUUGAUCCUGAGCUGUACCGUUCUACGGGCCAUGGUGGCCACUGCACUGGCUGCUUUGGUAACACGGAUGGACCAAACUGUGAGAGGUGCCGAGAGAAUUUCUACCGUGUUGGUAGUGAGGAACCAUGUCUUCCAUGCAGCUGCAACCCUGUUGGCUCCCUUAGCACACAGUGUGACAACUAUGGACGGUGCAGUUGUAAACCUGGUGUGAUGGGAGACAAAUGUGAUAGGUGUCAGCCUGGUUUCCACUCUCUCACAGAGGCUGGUUGCAGGCGGUGCUCUUGUAAUCCUGCUGGCAGCACAGAUGAGUGCAACAUGGAAACAGGGCGUUGCACUUGUAAAGACAAUGUGGAGGGGUUCCAUUGUGAGAGGUGCAAACCUGGCUUUUUUAACCUGGAUUCCAGUAAUCCUAGGGGAUGUACCCCCUGCUUUUGUUUUGGGCAUUCAUCUGUCUGCACUAAUGCCAAUGGAUACAGCAUCUACAGAAUUACCUCUAGUUUCCAGAGUGGAGAGGAAGAGUGGCAUGCGGAACAGCGAGAUGGCUCUGAAAUCUCUGUUCAGUGGAUCACUGAGACUCAAGAAAUAUCUGUGAUUUCAGACACACCUUUCCCCAUUUACUUCAUUGCACCAGCCAAGUUCCUUGGAAAUCAAAUCUUGAGUUAUGGGCAAAACCUGACAUUCUCUUUUCGGGUCGAUAGGCGGGACACACGCCUUUCUGCUGAGGACAUAGUUCUUGAAGGUGCUGGACUGAGAGUAUCAGUGCCUCUGAUUGCUCAAGGCAAUUCCUAUCCCAGUGAGAACACACUGAAGUACACAUUCAGGCUCCAUGAAGCAACAGAUUAUCCCUGGAGGCCUUCUCUUACCCCUUUUGAGUUCCAGAAGCUGCUCCGCAAUUUAACUGCUAUAAAGAUUCGUGGGACUUAUAAUGAGAGGAAUGCUGGCUACUUGGAUGAUGUCACUAUUGUGAGUGCUCGGCCUGGCUCUGGAAUUACAGCAACGUGGGUAGAAAGCUGCACAUGCCCCACAGGAUAUCUAGGGCAGUUCUGUGAACGAUGUGAUGCAGGCUACAGGAGAGAGACUCCUAGUCUUGGGCCCUACAGUCCAUGUGUGCCAUGUUUCUGCAAUGGGCACAGCGAAACCUGCAACCCUGAAACUGGAGCCUGUGACUGCAGGGACAACACAGCUGGUCCUCACUGUGAGAAAUGCAGCGACGGCUAUUAUGGGGACGCUACCACAGGCACUUCUUCGGAUUGCCAGCCAUGUCCGUGUCCAGGAGGUUCGAGCUGUGCCAUUGUACCAAAAACUAAGGAGGUGGUGUGCACCAAUUGUCCAGCUGGUACCACAGGUAAAAGGUGUGAGUUGUGUGACGAUGGCUAUUUUGGAGACCCUCUUGGCACGAAUGGCCCUGCCAGGCUUUGCCGCAUCUGCCAGUGCAGUGACAACAUUGAUCCUAAUGCUGUUGGGAACUGCAACCGCUUGACAGGGGAAUGUCUGAAGUGCAUCUAUAACACAGCUGGUUUCUAUUGUGACCGGUGCAAAGAUGGAUUUUUUGGGAAUCCCUUAGCUCAGAAUCCAGAGGACAAGUGCAAAGCUUGCAGUUGUAAUCCUUAUGGAACAGUGAAUGUACAGACAAACUGCAACCAAGUGACUGGGCAGUGUGAGUGCCUUCCACACGUCACAGAGAGGGACUGCAGCUCCUGUCAGCCUGGCUUCUACAACCUGCAGAGUGGGCAUGGCUGUGAGAGGUGUGACUGUCAUCCAUUGGGUUCCACUAAUGGCCACUGUGACAUACAGACUGGGCAAUGUGAAUGCCAGCCAGGCAUCACUGGCCAGCGUUGCGAGAGGUGUGAAACCAACCAUUUUGGAUUUGGUCCUGAAGGCUGCAAACCUUGUGACUGUGACCCUGAAGGUUCUCGCUCUCUUCAGUGUAAAGAAGAUGGCCAUUGUGAGUGCAAAGAAGGAUUUGUGGGAAACCGCUGUGACCAGUGUGAAGAGAACUAUUUCUAUAACAGAUCCUGGCCUGGCUGUCAAGAGUGCCCUGCAUGUUAUAGACUGGUGAAAGAUAAGGUGACAGAACAAAGGGAGAGAUUACAGGAGCUGGAAAAUCUUAUAGCCAACAUUGGAACAGGUGAUGAAAUUAUAACUGACCAGGCUUUUGAAGACAGGCUGAAAGAAGCAGAGAAGGAUGUAAUGGACUUGCUUCGGGAUGCUCAAGGCAUCAAAGAUGUAGAUCAGGGCUUGAUGGACCGUCUGCAUGAGAUCAACAGAACCCUGUCCAGUCAACUUGGUAGGUUGAGGAACAUCCAGAACACAGUAGAGGAAACAGAAAACCUUGCAGGACAGGCCCAAACUCGGGUUGACAACACGCGAGAACUCAUUGAUACAGCUUCAGAUAUGCUGCAGAGAGCAAGAAUGGCUGUUGCCAAUGUGUCUAUUACUCCACCAACAUCAACUGGAGACCCCAACAACAUGACUCUCCUAGCAGAGGAAGCCCGUCAACUGGCUGCACGACAUAAACAAGAAGCAGAUGACAUUGUACGUAUAGCUAAAGAAGCAAAUGAUACGUCAUCACAAGCGUACCAGUUGCUCUUGGACACAUUGACAGGAGAGAAUCAGACAAUGAACGACAUCAAUGACCUUAACAGAAAGUAUAACCAAGCAAAGAACAUUUCCCGAGAUCUGGAAAAGCAGGCAAACAAGGUCCAUGCAGAAGCAGAGGAGGCUGGGAACAAAGCUCUGCAGAUCUAUGCUAAUCUUACCAGUCUGCCUCCUAUAGACACUGAGGAACUAGAGAAUGAGGCAAAUAAGAUCAAGAAAGAAGCCAGAGAUCUGGACCAGCUCAUCAACAGAAAAUUGAAAGAUUAUGAAGAUCUGAGAGAAGACAUGAAAGGGAAGGAACUGGAAGUACAAAACCUUUUGGAAAAAGGCAAAACUGAACAGCAGACUGCUGAUCAGCUGUUGGCUCGAGCAGAUGCUGCCAAGGCUCUAGCUGAAGAAGCUGCUAAGAAGGGGAAGGACACACUCCAGGAGGCCAAUGACAUUCUCAGCAAUUUGAACGAUUUUGAUAAGCGUGUGAAUGAUAAUAAGACUGCUGCUGAGGAUGCGCUAAAGAAAAUUCCUGCCAUUACCCGUACCAUUUUGGAGGCCAAUAACAAAACCCGCCAAGCAGAAGCAGCAUUAGGCAGUGCUGCUGCUGAUGCCAGGGAAGCAAAGAACAAAGCUGAUGAUGCUGAGAAAAUUGCCAGUUCUGUACAGAAAAACGCUGCUGAGACAAAGAAUGAAGCUGACAAGACAUUUUCCACUGUUGCUAACCUGGACAAAGAAGUGGGCGACAUGUUGCAGCAACUGGAAGAUGCCGAAAAAGAGCUAAAGAGGAAACAAGAAAAUGCUGAUCAAGAUAUGAUGAUGGCAGGAAUGGCUUCACAAGCAGCUCAGGAAGCAGAAGACAAUGCAAGGAAAGCAAAGAACUCUGUUAACAGCUUACUCACCACAAUCAAUGACCUCCUUGAGAAGCUAGGGCGGGUGGAGCCUGUGGAUUCAAGUAAACUGAAUGAGAUUGAGGAUACCUUAAAUGCUGCCAAAAAACAGAUGCGGGACAACGAUCUGGACCGGAAAGUGUCUGAUCUAGAAAAAGCAGCUGAAAAGCAAGCAAGUGCCAUCAAUGAAUACAACAGAGACAUUAACACUAUCUUGAAAGACAUUAGCAAUCUAGAGGACAUCAAGAAGACUUUACCAACUGGCUGUUUCAACACCCCGUCCAUUGAAAAACCCUAAGGGUGUGCUAAGGGCAGGGGGGGCUUUCCCUCAAUGACUGGUGGAGCAGUUCUUUUGGCUGUGGAGUGCCUUAAUUCCUAGGUUAUGUCUUUCAGGACCCCCACCUCAUCUCCCAUACAGCUCUCAGUUCUUUCUCUCCCAGUUCAAAGCGAAAAAUGCACAUUUUUGAGUUAAAAGAAAAUUAAGUAUCAGCCUCUAGGGUAUCAAAAAGUUUCAAAAUGUUAAUAUCUACACACUUUCUUGCUCAGACACUCCACCUUCUUCCCCUCUCUCAGUAAACACUCCCCUUUGAUUUACACAAAAAUGUGAAAUAUUAUGGACUUGUACUGAACCGCAGAAAUGGCGAUGGGAAUGGAUAUAUCAUGAGGGGCAAUCACAGGCAUUUUCUUCAUUCCUUUUUCCACUUUGUGUUUCCCUGCCUUUCCCUCCUCAGCCUUACCCACAGCUCUCUUUUCUUUCUUCUAUGAAGGAAAUGGUGUGGCUACCAAAGUAUUAAAUACUAAUGGCCAGGUGUAGGCAAUACCAAUGGAUUCAACGGUUGAAACAAGAAGGCGACAGCGCCAACCAUAUCCAUAAAUUAGAAUUCAUCAAAGCACCACUUUGGUAGCCAGCUGCAAAAUUUUAAGAACCUUUCUAGAGUGCAAUAUGUCUGUGUAGAUCCUGUUUCUGAAGCCAGUUUCUCAGAAACAUUUUGAGGAGUCAUGAGGAAAGAGUAGUGUGGUAGGUCUCCAUGGUGCUAUGCCUUGGCCUAUAUACCAGGCAUGUCUUCAGCCUGUGAGAACAAAGGCAGAAUGCAUUAUACCGUAUCUUCAAGUUGAGAAGAACCUGCUUAGGGCCAUAGUGGUCCCUGUCACCAGCCAGUCAGUAGACGUCUCCAAGAGAUAUCUUUCAGUAUAUGGUUCAGACUCUUUUUUUCCCUCUUUUGAAAGACACCCAUCAUCCAGAGAGAGCUUUGCCUGCCAUGAAAUUGGAUAUCAGCGUAAUAUUUUGUGGUAGAAAAUAAAACCUAAGAGGUCUGUGUAGUGCUCUCCAAGUUGAAUUAUAUUGUAAACCUGCCUUAGCAGAUUUACCUCUUGUCUGAAAUUCCAAAUAGUAGCUGACUCAAUUUUUCUAGCAAUGUUUGUUUUUAAAAAUGGUCAACUAAUUAUAGGGACAAAUAACCCCAAGAGUUUGCAGUAUUUACAAACUGAGUUGCUCGUUUCUCAGUAUGAGUUUGUGCCCCCGUUCAAAGUUUGCCUUCCUCCCCGACUUUGGAUACAUUUCCCUAUAGAGAGCAGAUUGUUCCUUUUAUGGGAUUCUCUGCCCUCCAUCCUGAGUGAGAGGAAACAAUCUACCUCUGCAGUUUCCUCAUUUGGUUGAUAUUGAUACUUCCACCCCCCUGCCUUUUUAAUCAGUGUAUACCUACCCUUAAACGCUAUGCAACUUUGUACGUUUGCGUAGAGGGGAAGAAGUUUUAUUAUCUGACACACACUGGUGCUAUUAAUUAUUUCAAAUUUAUAUUUUUGUGUGAAUGUGGGUUUUUGUGUCUUUUUUAAUCAUGAUUAUAGUGUGAGGAAAAGUCUGUUUCUCUUCCCUUGCUUCCCUCUGUAAAUAUGCUUGGUUUUGUUUCCAGAGUGGCACUGUUUCUCCCCUUUGCUUCCUCUUAAUCAACACACUACACGCAGCUUUUUCUCCUGUAGUUUAUUACUCGGCGUGGGGUAAGAGAAGUCAGGUAUUUUCUCUGUCCAAACUGAUCCCUUUGUAUCUCCAUAAUGACAGUCAAUACUGUUCUGUGGUAUCAACAUCAAGCUAUUUACCAUUCAUAUUCCUCCAAGAGACAGGUUGCCCAUCUCUUCUAAAGCCAGCACUGAUGCCUUAAGGUUUCAGAAGGGUGUAGCUCGAGAAAAACGAAUACUCUUUGGGCCUUUUCACAUGAUACUUUGCCCCUGAGAGUUCUGCCUGGGAUGAAACAAGCAGCAGGCCUUAAAUGUUUGUACUACUUUCCUUCUUUCCCACUUUCUUUGCAAAGAGCAGAUGGUAAGCAGAGAAUACGGAGAACAUGUACUUGAUUAAAUGUGCAGUUUCCCCGGGGGGAAUGUCCACCUGCAGUGAAGGAAGAGAGGGAAGGAGUCAGAGGCAAAGUUUUACCUGAAUUAGCCCUUUGUUUCUGGUUUACAGAUAUGCUUAUACUGAUUCUGGUUUUAUGAGUGGUUAAGGGCUUCUUGUUGAGUCUACAGGAAGAACGUCACUUAGGCUUCGUUCACACUGGAGUGGUAAACCUGUGUCUGUCUAAUACCAUUUCUCCAUACUAAAAACAUAUUUCCACAUAGAAUGCUCCUCUAUAAGGAGGAAAAGUAGAUUUUGGACCAUUCUUAUAGUGCACUAGUUUUUUUUUUUUAACAUGGAAAGCAAUAAAGGAACGUUCAAUUAUAUGAGCCUGUCAUUUGCAGUGGGAAAGUGGUAUCAGACUGCCACAUACUCAGUGAGAACUGGACCAUUCUAAGUCAAAGAGCAGAUGUGUGGAUUUAAAACUGUGGCCUUUCCACCUGUACCACUCUGGGCAGAAACAAUCCAUUUGAGUCAUUUUUUUCCUCUCUUUUUCAAAGUUAAGGAUGACUAUAUUCCAGGGCCAGAGGGAAAAUAGGCCACAUUUUCAUUUCUCGUCUUUUAUCCAAGUGACUUAACAGUUUACAUUAAAUCAAGGUGCCGCCUGCAUACAACUCUGAAGUGAUCGGAAGUGACAUUUCACUGUGGCGUGUCACAGCUUGGCCUCAGUAUUUUUCAUCUGACCAGUCAGAUGUCUGCACUCUUAACAGUAUCUCUUCUCUGUCCCUCUCCUACCAUCUCCAAAAAACAGAAAAAGAGGAUGACAAUAAUGCACUCAGUUGUUUUCUUCUGGCCCUUUUGCUAUCUUUCUAGUAUUUUCCCUUUUUUUUUCUUUUAAAACUGGUUUAAGUAACAGAUUUUUUUUUUAUUUUUAAAUAAAUAAAUAAAUAAAAAGACCUUUAUAAGAAUCCUCUUAAUUGCAAAUACUGUGUUAACAAGCCAUUAUCACAUUUGUAUAGGUCCAAGUUAUUUCUUUGCAUAACAAAAAGACGCAAGGGCUGCUCGCAGAAACAUACAACCAGGUGCCACAGAAGAGACCUCUUGAAGAAUUCCCCUCAUAUUAUUUUGAACUAUGAGCACUUUUAUGUGUGCCUUCACUCCAGUUUUUGCCUUAAAUCUGUGGUCUUACUGUCUGGGAGCAGUGAACAAAAGCAGCAAAAAAAAAAAUGCAACACUUGGCAGUUUUAUGUAUAAAACAGUAUUUCUUAUUUAUAAUAAAGUCGGAAUAUUUGUAACCCCUAA